AUGCCGCUGCAGACGGAGAUCCUGCGCGAGGUCUGGGCUGCUGACAGCCCCAGCGAGGAGCCGGGCAGCCCCCAGCAGUACAAGCCCAAGCAGGGGCAGAAGCUGAAGAAGAAGCGGCAGGAGCCUGUGCCAGAGCCUGAGGCCAAGGCCCGGCAGCUGCGGGCGAAGAAGCUGGGUGAGGCAGGGGCUGCGGAGGAGCCCCGGGCCCUGGCGCAGGGGGUGAAGAAGCUGAGGAAAAAGAAGGAGAAAGGGGAGGAGGACAGCGACAAGGACCCCUACUCCAAAUUCACCAGGGAGACUCGGAAGAAGAAGGAGAGCCCGGCCCCCCGCUCCUGUGCGGCCAAGGACCCCAAGAAGCAGCAAGAGCCCACCGAGGACUCAGAGGAGGAGGAAGAGGAAGAGGAGAUGGAGAAUAAAGACCCACCAAAAAAGCUCAAGAAGAAGCUGCCCAAAGAGCCUCCUUCAGGCGAGAGCAGGGAGAAGAAGCUGAAGCCAAAGAGAGACAAGAGUGACCCUGACGGCAAAGCCAAAUCUGCCAAGAGCACCAAGAAGGAGCCGAUGUCCAUGUUCCAGGUGAAUGGGGAGAAUAAGGAGAAGAAAAGCAAGAAGAAAGGUACGGGUGAUGAGGAGGAUGAUUCCGACUCCAGCACCAAACCCAUCAGGUCAGAGAGGAAGAAAAACCCAGCAUUCCUCUUCCAGACUGGUGGGGACCCCCCCAAGGAGAAGAAAACCAAAAAGAAAGCUCUUCCCAAAGCGGCCGAGAGCGAGGAGGAGACCCUGCAGAAAAACUCCAACAAGAAGGGGAAGGGGAAGAAAUCAAAGAAGCCAAAGGAGGAGAGGCCUCCGUCGCCCAUCAUUGAGGUAGACAACCUGGAGGAGUUCGUGUUGCAGCCAGCACCGCAGGGGGUGACCAUCAAGUGCCGGGUGACGCGGGACAAGAAGGGGAUGGACCGGGGGCUUUACCCCACCUAUUACCUCCACUUGGAUAAUGACAAGAAGGUAUUCCUCCUCGCCGGGAGGAAGCGUAAGAAGAGCAAAACCUCCAACUACCUCAUCUCCAUUGACCCCACCGACCUGUCUCGGGGGGGAGAGAACUUCAUCGGGAAACUGAGAUCCAACCUGAUGGGUACGAAGUUCACGGUGUUCGACAACGGCGUGAACCCUGACAGGGCCAACACUGACUGGUCCAACGUGCGGCAGGAGCUCUCGGCUGUGGUCUAUGAGACCAAUGUUUUAGGGUUCAAAGGCCCCCGGAAGAUGACGGUCAUCAUCCCUGGGAUGAACGCCGACAAUGAGAGGGUGCCCAUCCGGCCCCGAAACGAUAAUGACGGCCUCCUGAUGCGAUGGCAGAAUAAAAACAUGGACAAUGUGAUCGAGCUGCACAACAAGGCACCGGUGUGGAACGACGAGACCCAGUCCUAUGUCCUCAACUUCCACGGCCGGGUCACCCACGCCUCUGUCAAAAACUUCCAGAUCGUGCAUGGCAGUGACCCCGAUUACAUCGUGAUGCAGUUUGGGCGUGUGGCAGAUGAUGCCUUCACCAUGGACUACAACUACCCGCUCUGUGCCAUGCAGGCCUUCGCCAUUGCCCUCUCCAGCUUCGAUGGGAAGCUGGCCUGCGAGUAG